AUUCAAUAUGCAGGACUAAUUAAGUGUAUUUAUUAAAGAAUGAAUUGCACGAUGGCCUCGUAUUUUCUACCCCUGGAACGCUGGUCAAAAAAAAGUAUUAUCAUGUCGUUCAUAGGUCUCACUUAUUUUAUUGGUUAGUUCAUUUGCUGCCAUCUAGUGGCUGCUGUAGCCUACUAGCAAACCGUCCUCUUAGGACAAAACCACCCAUUCAAAUAAAACUUAACAUACCAACGUUAAUGAUGAAGCCAUUUUUACAAAAAACGAAUUAAUAUUUGGAUGAAGUCCAUCAAUCAGACAUAGUCGUGAUAACUCUACUAGCUUGACUGCACUACUGAGCAAGCAGUUGCACUUUACAGAUUAGCCCAAUAUGGCCGUUUGGCUUGAUGAGUGUCUGAUGGUCUGACCUUACCUGACCAAACCUAGAGACUACUAAUAAUGAUGUCAUCUUCCACUUGAUGAGUCAAGGGAAAUGGCAAAUUAACGUGGGGCUGGAGUAGAUGGAGGUCUGAAAAUUUUAGUAGUGUUUACAUUCGGUAACAAGCCAGACGUGGACGUUUACGAGUAUAAGCCAAUUGGGCGAAAACCAUUCACAAAGUUUUUUUUUUUUCCCCAGUAGGGUACAGCUAGCGAUUAGCCAUAGUAGGGCAACAUUUAAAGCACUUUAAACUAGGCGUACCUAAUAUAUUUAUCGAGCUCCAGUAUUUCUUGCUUUUGUUGAACUAACGUAAAGAAGUUAUUUCAUAUCGCUAGUUAACCAAGUAACUUUGCAUAACUAUAAGAACGUAGUUACAGCAAAUGCCGAUCUAAAAGUCGACACUCUUUUCUGUGUUUUUCUUUUUUUUUUCAUUCUAAUUCCACUGUUGCAGGCGAAAGAUGGGUAACGUUAGCAUACUAAUGAUUGGCAUUGGAAAAUAUUGAAACAACGAAUAACUUAAGCUUGCUCGAAACUGUGGUUACUUUUAAUAGCAAAGAUAGAUCCGUUGUGGUUAGCUUAUUAGCCAGGCAGUUACUCAAGUUAACCUUAUUUUUCUUCGCCAGUCAGUAGGUUUUAAACGUUUUAAUCGUGAAAAUGAUUCAGUCGUCCUCUUCUGGUAGAGUCAAAUUAAACCGAACCACCAUUCGGAAAGACAGCACCGCAUUGCCUAAGAAGAGACGGUCGUUUGGGGGUACAAAUCUGGCUAAAACUGCAACCCAAAGAACUCCAGACAAUCUUACUUUAAACACAAGCGUAGAGAAUACAAUCCCGGAGUCAAUCGGAGAAAAUACAAAUGUUCUGGAACUGUCCAGUAUAAAUAUUCCAAAUGACUAUAAGAAGCAGUCAACCGAAGAAAAAACUAAUGGGUUUGAACUGUCCAGUAUAAAUAUUCAAGUUGACGGUGAGAGGCAAAUAUGUCCUACGUUUUCAGAAUUAAACAAAGUGAAUGCAUCGCCCCCAAAAUCCACCAAAGUAGAAUUACAGCAAGCACCCGAAGAGGAUAAAGAGACGUCAAAUCAAGCCGAGGGACUCAGCAAAGGUACAGAACAGCCAUUAGAUCCUAAUUUACCAUGUGAGCUGAGAAGGAGAGGGGCAGAUCCAGGCAAGAGCACCUCUGGUUUCGGGGACAUACAUGAACGCGCUGGGGGGCCUAACACAAGAAGUAAAUCUUCAUCGGGGAAAACGUCUUUCAAAGCUUGUCAGUUGGAAAAAAUGAAGAGCGAGAGAGUGAAGAGACACAGAAAACAGGUUUGUUGUAGACUUGCUUUGUGCAUUUUUGGGAAAGACUCAGAUAAAAUAGGGGUAUCCAAAAAAGAACAUUCGAUCCAGACCAGAGCAAAAUUUAAGACUGGCAACGUUUAUGUUGGAUAUGGGAAUACUCGAGGCAACAGAAAGGAAAAGCGACGUGUAGGCAAAGCAUCUCUAGUAAGAGCCGAACAUACACAAUCGAUUAGGGGCACGGGCGUGAAAGCAAAAAAUAGGCAAUCAAAGAGACUAACAUUUCAAAGAAAAAGACACAGGAAAGUCCAUAACAAUGGUACUGCGUAUAUGAACACGACGACACAACGUCCGUCCUGUUUAGUGGCGGAUGGCUCAUCAAAAUCUCGGGCUGUCAAUAAGCGACGUCAAACCGCUUCUUCUGUUAAAAAGGGAAAGGCACAGGACAUACUUUGUUUGUGCGUCAGGCAACGGACGAAGAAAGGUUGUCACAGUGGUAAGAUCGCGCAGGUCCGAUCGUCACGACAUGUGGUAGGGACAGCUAAGACGGAUGCUAAGUCUACGCAUUACAUGACGCUGAGGAGAAGGAAAAGUGGUCGUGUUACUGAAAACUGGAUUUACAAAGUGCCUGCCAAGAAACCAAAUACUGAAGGGAAUUCUGCAUUUCGCCCAAAUUCACAUCAGAUCUUGUGUGACCAUUCUGGUGAGAAUAAUAACAAAAGGUUAAUUAAAAGCCCAUGCUGUACAACAUGUUGUGAUUUCAAGUAUCUUCCCCCACGGAUUUACAGUGCGGCCAAACUACAAUCUCACAAGCCAAGCAAAACCCCAGCUAAAAAUCCCAUUGAGCAGGGAUUAAAAAAAUGGGAGCCUGGUGUGGGAUAUAAUCCAUUUGUGAACCUAUGUGACAUUUUGAAAGUGUCAAAAGUUCUUGCUGAUCAAUUAGAUUCAACGUAUGUCAUAAACGAGGAACUGAAACAAAAGCCCAUUAGAUGUUUUAAGAGAGAUCAUGGGGAUCUGAUCCAUUUAGAUAACCAAGAUGGACCAUGCACCAGUGGAGAGGCAAGACAAUCACAGGAAAUCAGUAAUCAGUACACUGCUCACAUGAUUGGUCAGAGUGCUAAGAACGCACCCAAAGUGGUAAAUGGAGCUUUUCCAGUAGUGGGUUUAGCAGAGAUUGUUGACAAUCAGAGUCAUGCUAUUGAGACACAGCCGGGAAAGAGAAUGAGAUUAUCAACUGAAAUAAUCGGCAGUACACCUCACGAUUCAGAGAUUUUCAGGGAACCUGAUACUGCUAUUCAAAUGGGAUGUUCAACAACUGCAUCAACCUCUCAUGAGAAGAGACCCUUGUCCAACACCAUGCUACACUGUUCUACUGGCCCAGGACAUAAAUCAGAAAAUUGUAAGCAUAAAGAUGCAGUCCAGGGUAACAUAUCUCCUGUAGUAAGCCGUAUAGUCAUGGUGGGGGCAGAGGAAAGCGGGCACCCUGGAGAGUCUUGUACAGAUGACUCUGUGGAUGGGGAAACAGAAGAUGAGAAUGAAAGGCCCAACUUUUCCUCCUGUCAGAGGACAACCCCUUCACAGGUAUGGGCUCGCCCAUCCUGCGCCCGGGUCUACAUCUCCUGGCCUUUUAGGGAACGAUUGUCCUCUACAAAUGGUUGGGAUGUGAGUGUAACUAGUCUAUCUGUAUCGGUGCCAUCAUCCGCAAACACAGCAUCUUUAGUGACUCUUAGUGCUUCACCUCUCUAUAACUCUUCUGUCACUGACACUCCUGGUAGCCAAAAUGCAUCCCAUUCUUGCGAAGCGGCGGACUCUUCACCAUUACAGGGUGAAGCCAGUGACUUUCGAGAUGGCUCAGAACACUUGAGGGCAUCUGAAACAAAUGGAAGCAUCUCUGAAAAACACUGUGUCUCAGAAUCCUUAAGCCUUGUUAAUGGGUCUGGUGUGUCAGCCCAAAUCACGUUAGUGUUACAGCACAGUGGGCAGUCUGCUGAGGUUGUGGAGCUCCAGCAAGAUCCAAAAUUAUGCAGUUCUGCCACAGAUUAUUCGUCCAAGUUUGUACAGGAACAAGGUACUUGUAGGGAGGCGAACUUGGAGCCACAGGUAUGUGAAUCUGAUCAUUUACGUAGGCAGAAGUUGCUGCAGACCAAGGCUCCCCCAAAGCCGUCCAGCAAGUCUGUGAAUCAGGCUAAAAGUCCUAAUGGCCUUAACUUUCCAGCCCCUUGCGCCCCCCUCAAUGGCACCACGAAGUCUCCUCACUUCAGUUCCACCUGGAAAAGGUACAUCAUGCCUUCUGGUCUAGCUCAGGGAGAACAUCCCCGUUGUGUGAGCCAGGCGCAAAAUUUGAGGGCUCGUCUGGAGGUUAGCACAGCCCUUGCGCAGGGAUCCUCUGGGGAUGACGCCAGCAGCAUGUCCUCUGAUGAUGACCUGAUGAAUGAGGUGCUUGCGCCCUGUGGCGAGAUCAUGUGCGAGAUCCGGGACACGGGACAAUCCUACCGAUGUUCCGCCCCUGUUGAGGAGGGGCCAUCUGGGGGGACAAUUGACUUGCUGAAGGCCUAUGAGCAGGAUGCCAUUGUCCUGGAUGUAAUUCAGGAUGACCCGGAGCUGUUUGGAAAUGUUCCUGAAGUGGUGCCAGUCGUGAAAAGUGAAACCCCUCUGGCGUCUAAGGUCAUCCAUCCAGCGAAGACAUAUGUUGUGAAGAACAACCACAAGAUCACUUGGGAGGAUGCUCAACUAAGUGCAACUGGAAGCGAUGACCUUGGGCAGCAAGAUUCCAGGAAAAGAGUUUGUAGAAGCAUCUUGCCUAUUGAAAUAGAUGGAUAUUCUAAUGGUGAUCUGCCUAUGUUAAAUGGCCUAGCAGGGGGAGGAUUUCACACAGAAAGCAGUCUUCCUGUACAGAAGGGCACCACUGACAGUCCACAGAGCAGUGUCUGUGAAUGGCUCUGGCCUGAUUUUAAGACCAGUUUCCAGGGAGGUGCCAGGUUGAACUCAGGAAAGGCCAGUGCAUGCACCAGUGAUGAUGUAUGGGAUGCUGGUUUGGAUGGUGACCCUGUCCAGACUAACGUGAUUAAGGAUCUGAGUGCUCAGAGUGCUGCUUGGACAGCUGGAUCACUCAGUGACCUGAGUGAGGGUAGUGAGAUGUACUGUAAAUUUUACUUCAGUGAACAGUACACCUGUUACAGGAAUGUGUGUUGGUUCCUGCACCUACCUGUAGAGGGCGAUGAGAAGUUCUGCAUGGCUGCUGUGCAAAAGCUCCUCAGUGGGAAAUCCUCUCAUUUACUCCGGGCAGCUGCAGUGUUUACUGGAUACUAUCGGAAGUGUGCUCCUGGAGUCCAUUUUGAAAUGCGCACGCUGAAAUCACUCCUGUCAGCUCUGUUCAAUCAGGGCAUUGUGAAAGACCAGCUUUCUGUGCUUAGAGUAAUGACUCCAUACAAGAUACUGCCACCAGUAGAGUUCAUCUCGGCGAUGUUCGAGCGUGUGAGUGUGUGGGGUCUUCGAAUAGCAGUCCCAGACCUUAUAGAUGUGACAGCCAAGUGCGUGGAAGCGGGUCAGGUGUUCACCACUGAGAACUUUGAGUACAUGCAAGGUCGUCUGGAGCUCCUGAAAACACCCAGCAGCCAGAUGGAAGUCUUCCUGAACAUUAAAUAUAGAGUUCGGGAGUCGUCUGUAGCCUGGACGCCAGAGGUUGGAGAUCUGGCUAUGGCACUUGCUGAGGUGGAGUGCUGUAAAGAGCAGCAGGACUGGACCAAGCUGGGGGGCGUGUUCUGCUCUGUGUGCACGUCCAACCCCAGCCUGGACGAACUCAACCAUCUCUGUGGGAGGAUCGCCAUGGUGCUCCUCAUAGACACGCCUCCCACCUCCCCACUUCCCUUCUGUCAGUUUGUAGAAGCAGUUUGUCAAGGAGCUUCUGUUGGUGGUUUGGUCAAAAGCUUACUUGGACGCAUCGGUGUUUCUUUGCUGUUGAGAUAUUACCAAACACAGCAGUGGACAAAGGGGACGAAGCUGCUGGACGCCCUCAAUGCUUUGAAGGUGAAUUACUCGACGCUCAAGGGCCUGUUUGCAGGAGACGGCAGCGUGUCACGGUGCCGGGUCAUAAGCAUAGCCGCCGAGGUGCUUCUGGGCUGUGGGAGCAUGGAGAGCGCGCUCAGUGUGCUUAAAGAUAACGAGUGGAUCCUCAGCUCCCCCUUGUGGCAGUGUGAAGAGGCGGACGUGGUGCACCGCCACAGCGUGCUGUGUCGCCUGGCGGAGUGCGCCACCCAGAAGAGCAUGUUUGAGGAGACACUAGAGAUCCUGACCAAUUUGCCAGAUGUGCAGGAUGUUAAAGUUGAUCCCGCCCAGUACAACCUCGUCUUCCACCUACAUCUCAAGGCCUGCUUAGAGAAACCGAAUUUGACUGUUGCUUCAAACAUAGCAGAACUGAUGUUUACAAAGAAGAUUGAAGUGGAUAUGUGCGUUCUGCAAUUACUCAUACACAAGCUUGGAAAGCAGAAUGCUUGGCAAAAGGCACGCAUUCUGUACAGAAGUGCACUAUCCAUGGGAUGUUACCCACAGACCCAGAUGAACAAGUACUGCCGAAUCCUACCCAUCCCACACUCUCUGAGUGAAGUAGAGAUGACGCUUGCCCUCGAGAUGUUCAUGGUGUCCAAUGCCACUGACAUUCAGAAUCCUGGUUUCUUCCCACAUGCUCUACAGAUUGUGUUAAAAUGGAAAGGGGGCACUGAACUGGUCAGUGAGACUGACCGCCAUGCGGCCAUUAGCCGCCUCUUGUCUGCAGCCCAAACUGCAAACCCCAAACUGGUGAUCAAAUAUGCCACAGUCAACCUGAACCAGGAGCAGGUGUUCACCCUGGACUCCAUUUCCGCCUGCAAGUGGCUCUCCCGGAACUUGGACUGGGCCUCCAAGCUCUGGCUGCCCUCAGACUCAAAACCAGAGAGCAAGAUCAGCCCCCAGGCUUUAUCCACUUAGAUAGGAGGCCACACUACUGUAUAUAAUUCCUUCGUGUACCAUAUAUAAUACACAUGUUCUUCUCAGGAAAACUUUGGAACAUUUGUUUGAUUUAUUUUUUCAGUUUGGUUCAAUUAACUUCAGACUCCUGCUUCCUCUGAACUUGGGUGGGGGUUCUGGCUCCAGUUGAACUUUUCGUAAUUUUGCAUCGUGUUUCCCUCCAUCUCUCAGGUGAAUGUUUCCACCUGUUGGGUGACUUUCCUUUUACAGGGUUUAUUCACUGAAUCACCUAUGCUGCAGAAAUCUGGCCUCCAUUGUCUUGGCUUGACUUGAAGUGGGUUUAUAGUUAUAGUUGGAGAAGUAUUUUUAUUUAAUCUUGAUUUACUAUAUAUUUUUUUUUACUUAAUGUUAAGUAGAAGACGACAUGUUAAUACUUGUAUUUUGUAAGUAGAGUAUAUGAUUGCACUUGGAAAUUACGUUUGGCCUUAAAAAUUGAUGCAUUUAACAAUGGAUUUACCAUGUAAAUCGUAGUAUUCUAAUUACUGUACUUAAGGAGGGAAUUCUUAAUGUGUUCUAUAUUUCUCAAAUAUAAUAGUCAUAAAAUCAAAUUUCAGUGCAGAUUCUGGUAUUACAGCUGGUAAUAUAUCUCCUUUACCAGUAAAACAAAUCUGCCUCAAAAAGGCAUUUUCAGUUUGAGUUUCUGCAUGAGUUUGAGUGUCAUCAAUAAAAAAACUUUUUUUGUCCGAUA